AUGUCGGAAAUGAACAUGGACGACUGCACCUUGGCAACUUGCCCAAUUGACUUGGCCUAUAUCAAUUACCAGCCUAACAUCCCGGCAAAUGUCCUCUUCCUCGCCAUCUUCGGCCUUCUCCUCGCCGCACAAAUCGCCCUAGGAACAUGGUUCCGAACAUGGACAUACAUGGGGGCCAUGACCGCGGGGCUCAUUCUUGAAAUACUGGGAUAUAUCGGGCGAGUCAUGAUGCACAGCAACCCAUUCGACUUUAACGCAUUCCUUCUAUACCUCAUCUGUCUCACGAUUGCCCCGGCCUUCUUCACUGCCGCCAUUUACAUCUGCCUGGGAAGAAUUGUCAUCGUCUACGGGGAGGAUAUCUCCAGGAUUCGCCCGCGUACAUACACCAUCCUCUUCGUCGCUUGCGAUAUCAUCGCUCUAGUCCUACAAGCAGCCGGCGGCGCCAUUACCUCCAUCGCCGACUCAGACCAAAAAAGCCUCAGCGAUACCGGUGUCAAUAUCAUGAUUGCAGGAUUGGCUUUCCAGGUCGCCUCGUUGACGCUGUUCAUCGUGCUCGCUUCGGAAUUCGCUCUGCGAGUGCGCCGCAGCUCAGAAGACAUGAAGAAUGCGUCUACAGCAUCUGUUCGCUGUGGUUUGAAAUGGAAGAUGUUCCUUCUGGGUCUUGCCAUUGCCGUUUUAACGAUCUUCACUCGCUCGAUCUUCCGUGUUGCGGAGCUGAAAGGUGGAUUUAACAGUGAUCUGGCUAAUGAUGAAACUUCCCUAAUGAUUCUUGAGAGCACUAUGAUUGCCAUUGCGUGCAUUUGUAUGACCGCCGCUCACCCAGCAGUUGCCAUGGGCCGGCGAUGGGGGGAACUCUCGGCGAAGCCGCGUCGUGGAGUCGUUUCGUCUAAGGUGUCGCAGGCUUCAUCAGAAAUUGAGAUGAUGAAUGCUUAA